AUGAAAAACGCAAAAAGAUUCGAUUGGUCUGAUUAUUUUGGUGAUAAAGUUAAAUUAGAUCAUACUCAAAAUGGAGCACCAUUAUAUGAUAAUACAAGUUCUAACAAUUAUUACGUUUCAAAUUGCGAGUUUGAAGAAUGCACAGAAAACGGUGCAAUUUAUAUCAAAAGUAAUAACGAAAUCUAUACAUUAAUCGAAGAUUCUGCAUUUCGUAAAUGCAGUUCCACUUAUCAAGGUGGAUCUGUUUACUAUGGCUGUCAUGAAUUAGGGCAUUUUGUUCAACAACAAAAUUCUUAUUCUGAAUCAAAAGCAGAAAAUUCUUACAUGGCAUUUUGUCAAUUAGUUAAGUCUUCUUCUACUAAUGAAAACUAUGCUUUUGAUAUUUCAGUUUCACAAUGCGGUGAAAGUGAAUCAAAAGGAUAUAAAACAUCUUGGAUUUCAUUUGGUGAUAUUCAAAUAAAGAAUAACAACAUCACUUACAAUAAAUGCAUUUUUCAUUCAUCAAUAAAUAGUGUCCUUCAAGGAAAAUCAGGAUACUGUAAUUUCUCAACAUUCAGAGAAAACAACCAAACUAGAGAAGGAUCUCUUGCAUUUGGUAGUCAUUAUAAAUCAAAUAUACAAACAGUUUCUUAUUGCAAUAUUAUUGGAAAUAAAUGCGGAACAAACAAAGACCAAGCUUUAUUUGGUUGUACAUACGAUACUAAAGUUGAUCACUGCGUAUUUUUAAAUAACACUGCAGGAUGUAUGUUUGGUAUUAUAGAUAAAGAUUGCACAUUGACCAUUUCUGAUUCGUGUAUUCAAUCAAAGUCAAUAUCAGGAUCAGGAACUGUUACAUUUGAAAGAGAAGAUCAAAUUUAUUCUGAUCUAAAUCAAAUAAUCUCUUUUUAUACAGAAUUAUGUUUCAUACCAAAACAAAAACAAACCACAGUUUCAUUGUCUGCUUUUUCUAGAUUUGCAGAAACAUCACCGAGCUUACUUUAUAGUUCCAAAAGAUGA